CUGCUUCGGCCCGAAGAGCUCCUUGGCAGCAGCUGGAUCAGCCACCGCUCGCCCCGCAUCUCGCCGCGAGCCCCCGCGGUGCGGAAGCCACCGAUGAAGGGGUUCCUGAAGGGCGUGGUCGGUGGCUGCCUCCAGUCCAAGCCCCCUCCGGGCGGCACCGCGGCCCCGAGCUCCGAUGCGACCGGAGCGGCCGGCUCCAACAAGGACAUGCGGCUCCUGGAGGAGUACUCCGUGGGUCAGACCCUCGGCGAGGGUGCGUUCGGAGUCGUGUCCAACUGCAAGCACCGUGCGACGGGCGUCGAGUACGCAGUGAAGAUGGUCGACAAAGUGGAGACCCCUGUUGAUCAGAUCAAGAAGGAGGCAGCAAUGUUGGAGAGUCUCGACCAUCCCAACAUCGUCAAGUUCCACGGCGUCUACUAUGAAAGGUGCUUUGUCUGCAUCGUCAUGGACAAGUAUAGCGGAGGGGACCUGGUGGAGGGUUUGCAGAAGCACUUGAAGGAGCGCGGUCAGAUCAAUUGCUUCCAUGUCGUGCACGUCUGCCGGCAAAUGGGAGCCAGCGUCGAGUACUUGCAUCAGCGUGGCGUGAUCCACAGGGACGUCAAGGGCGACAACUAUCUCAUGGACCGCAGGGAUAUGACCGAUCCUGCAUGCAAGGUUGUGCUGACCGACUUCGGCACUGCCUGCAACGUCGACAAGGGCGAGCGCCUGAGCGCAGCCGUGGGCACGAAGAUUUUCUGGCCGCCGGAGUUCUUCGACAAGAACUACGGCGUCAAGGUCGACGUCUGGGCGAUCGGUGUCAUUAUGUACGGUCUGGUAACGGGCCGCUUCCCCUUCAGGGACGAGGCUGACAUCCGAGCGAAGGAGGUGAAGAUCCCCAAACGCGUCCACCCCACUUGCGAGGAGCUCAUCAAGAAGAUGCUCGAGAAGAAGGAGGCUCUGCGCUUGGACUCGACGCAGGUUAUGUCGCACCCGUGGUUGAGUGACGGCAGCAAGAAAGAAGACAAAACUCAGCGGGAGUCUGAAACUGCAGCAGAGGAGGGCCCAACCGACAACCUCCGCCUCGAUGACGCAAACGACGGCAUCAAGGAGAGACGCCAGGAGCUGAUCGACCGCCUGAACAAGGAGCACGAGGGCCGCAGUGCUUCUGCGUCCAGAGGUGGCAGGGUUGCUGCAGCUCCUUCUGCCCAUGCUGACGGAGCGAAGUUCACGCUCAAGGACAAGGCUGGAAACAAGAUGGUGUACGAGUGGUGGGACAUGGCGAAGGCGAAACGCUCUGGUUGGCGGAUCCACGAAAUGGAUGACACGGCGGGCCCGUCUGCCACUAGUGAAACGAAAGGUAUCGCCGCCAACUUGGAAACGUUCCAGCUCAUGCUGUCGGAGCAUAACAUCGAUGCCAACAAGUUCGGCGUUGGCCAGGCUAAGAGCCUCACGCACCUUGCCAACGAAGUCGAGGGUGGAGCCGCACGCCUCAUGCUGGACGCCGCUGAGCACAAGAAGCUCGUGCGGGUCUGCGACCUCGUGGUGCUGGUGCUGCAGAGCCCCAACGACCCCGACAAGCGCGUGAUCAUCGAGACUGAGGAGAGGUUCGGGGACGGCCGCACCCGUGCCACGAACCGCCUUCCAGGUACGAAGAAGGAGCCAUACGAGAACACGCGCCAGACUGCCCAUCGCAUCCUGAAGGACUUCAUGAAGAUCGACCCCAAGGACGUGAACCUCGACCUCGUGAACAUCGUGCGCGUGGAGGAGGAGAUGGAGUCCCCGUCGUUCCCGGGCCUCACGUCCGUGUACCGCAAGGAGAUCGUGGAGGGCACCAUCUCGAUCAAGAACCCGGAUGCGCUCGCGAAGGUCGGACUACCCAGCUUCAGCGCCUGGGAGGCGACGGACACCUCGAACAACACCAAGAUCUUCAACUGGAUGACUGCUAAGGAGGCAGAGGAGAGGAAGGUUAAGCUAUCACCAGAGAAGCAGGAGAUCUCCACGCUGGUGAAGGCCCCCAUUGGCUAUGGCGAGGAGGCUCUCCGGGCGCAGCUUACGAAGUGCGGUGUGGACGCGUCCAAGUUCGGCACCCCAGGGAUGAAGACUUUGAGGGAGUUCUCCGCGGAGUUGAUCAAGGGAGAGUCGACAUUGCUUCAGGAUGAGAAGGGCGGCGCGAUACGCGUGGUGGACGUCGUCGUCAUGGUCGUCAAGCGUAAGGGUGAUGAGGUUCUCGUGCAGACUGAGCAGACCAGCGCGGAUGGCAAGAAGAUGGUCCUGAAUCGCCUUCCAGGCGCCAAGCGUCGACCGGACGAGAAUCAGUUCCUCAGCGCGCGGCGCAUCAUCCGCAGGCAGUUGGAGAUCGACGAGAAUCAGGUUGAAUUCGAUGUCAAGGUCAAGAACAUCGAGGAGGAGAAGUCCAGCUCCGGGUAUCCAGGCCUCAAGACAGUGUACAGGAAGCGUAUUAUCUUCGCCACUCUGGUCCAGGCCUGA